AUGUCUUCUCUAACUUCCCUACCAGAUAUUGCACUAACAAAUAUUCUGGAACACUUGGACUUUAAGUCCAUAUUGACUCUCCGGCAUACCUGCCAUGACCUUCGUAACUUCAUCGACGAUGUCAAGCCCAACUCAAAUGUCAGAAGCAUCCAUAUCUCUAUUGGAACUGAGUCAAUAAAUCUCGUGCUCUAUGCAGAAACUAGAUUUUCAAAAACUUACAAAGAAGACAACUUUUCUGAACAAUUUCUAACGAACCUGAUGAUAAUUCUAAGUUUUCAAAGAGCUCCACUGGAAUAUAUGGAAGUUUCAUAUGACUAUCGACACCCAACGGAUCAAUUUAUCUCUCUGGAGGAGAUUUCAAAGAUUCUCAAAUGUAGACCACGCUCACUUUCAGUCAAUCAUUUUCGGUUGGAAAUUUUCAACCAAGAAGAUGUUAUGUUUGUGUUACCAUUCAUAACAACUGAGAAGAUUAAUAUAUCCAAUCCAAAAAGGAAACACGACGUGCUGGAAUUGAAUAAUGUUGUAGAAUUGGACCAGUGGAAGCAGGCCAAGGAGAUUGACAUUCGAAAUUUUACUAUCGUGGAGUCACUUAACCAUUUUCUGAAUUUCGAUGACAUUUUUGUGCAAGUGGAGACGAUUUCUUUGGAAGAUGUUGUCAUGAUGAAAAAUAAAUUCCUUGAAAAUACAGUAUCCCCUGUCUGCGGAUCGGUGAUUUUCAUUCUUGCAAAGCGUUACCCGGAUACAAGUGAUAGUUCCCUGUUACUUACUCGACUAAGAGACCAACAUGUAUCCCUGCAAACAUUUGUUAGCUCAGAUGCAACGGGUGGCUCUGAUAAGCAGUCUCUAUAUGACCUAUCGGUGAAGACUAACGGAUUUUGUGGAUUUGCAGAAAAUCUUACUGAUGCUGAUGUCACCACUAUCUUCAUGACAAACUACCUAUUCUACGCAGUGAAUCCUACUGUAGCUGGUGUAGGUACUGUAGAACUGCCAGCAGCCUUGCUAGAUGAGCCGGAUCUUUUCAACCAAGGAGUAUGGGUCUUUAUGGAGAUUAAUGUGCAGAGUCAUCCACUAGAUGAUAGUUUUCAAAGUGUCCAGAUAUUGAUGUAUGACCAGAAAAUUAAUCACACAGAGGUCGUGACUUUUGAGAGGGGGACUUGGAAGCUGAGGAAGCCAUACCAUACAUUUAGCUUGGGAAACAUGCCGACUAUUAGACUUGGCAGGAAUCAAAGGAUGACUUUGAAUUAUAAUUAUACAAAUUCCAUAAAACAGAAUUUGCAGAUCAGGAUGUAUCAUGGAUACGAUAAUCUUCCUUGGUACCCAUAUUCUAAUUAA